UUUUGAUCGUCUGAGCAGAACAGAACGGGGCAGAAGAGGCCCAUCUCUGUAAACCAAGGGUAAAGUGGACGCGGAGUCGUUAGGUAAACGUGACACGAGUCCAUUCCAUUGUGGAAUCUACUGGAAUAUUGAAUGGGAAAUAAAUCAUUUCGCCAAAGCUUUGGAUACCAGGAAACCUAAAGAAAUCGCGUUACUUAUCCACGUGUCUCAGUGAAGGGCCUUUGUCUGUGUGCGUGUGCGCGUGUGUGGUGUGUGGCGUGUGUGUGUGUUGCUAAAUGUGUCUCAAUGUGGCUAGUGAGUCAUUGAGUGCAUGCCUGUGUAACUAGCUCGCUAGACUCCCUUUGUGUCCCAGCCUGUGCACGUGCACGCGUACGGGUGGGUGCGUGUGUGUGUGUGUGUGCGUGCGUGCCGUGUGAACAGCCAACCGGUGACGAUGAGGGCCGUCGUCGGCCUGUUGUUGUGCGUGCUGCUGGCCGCGCAGAGCUCCGCCUCCCGCUUCAUCCGCGCCUCCGACUCCGGACGCACGCCGGGGCCCGAGGGCCGACCCAACGGCAGCGUCGCCACGACGACCUCCCUGGCGCUCCAGGCCCCGGGCCCCGGCGCCGGCGCCGGCGCCGGAGCCCGGGGCCCCUUCCCGCCCAUGUGCCACAAGCCCACGGAGAUCAAGAACGCGUUCAAGUACGUCAACACGGCGGUGUCCUGCCUGAUCUUCGUGCUGGGCAUGGUGGGCAACUCCGCGCUGCUGAGGAUCAUCUACAAGAACAAGUGCAUGAGGAACGGCCCCAACGUGCUCAUCGGCAGCCUGGCGCUGGGAGACCUGCUCUACAUCCUCAUCGCCAUCCCCAUCAACGUCUACAAGCUGAUAGCAGAGGACUGGCCGUUCGGAGUGUACAUCUGCAAGCUCAUGCCUUUCAUUCAGAAAGCCUCUGUGGGCAUCACUGUGCUCAGCCUCUGUGCCCUGAGCAUCGACCGCUACCACGCAGUCACGUCGUGGAGCAGAGUGAAGGGGAUGGGCGUUCCUCUCUGGAAGGCGGUGGAGGUGACUCUCAUCUGGCUGGUUGCCGUGGCGCUGGCCAUCCCGGAGGCGCUGGCCUUCGACAUGCUGGAGCUGCCCUACAGGGGCAACAAGCUGCGCGUGUGCCUCCUGCAUCCUCAGCAGACCAGCGACUUCAUGAAGUUCUACCAGGACGUGAAGGACUGGUGGCUCUUCGGCUUCUACUUCUGCCUGCCGUUGGCCUGCACCGGAAUCUUCUACGCACUCAUGUCCUGUGAGAUGCUGCGGCACAAGAAGGGCAUGCGCAUCGCCCUCAACGACCACAUGAAGCAGCGGCGGGAAGUGGCCAAGACAGUGUUCUGCCUGGUGUUGAUAUUUGCCCUGUGCUGGCUGCCGCUUCACCUCAGUCGUAUACUCAAGAAGACGAUCUAUGACCAGAAUGACCCCAACCGCUGUGAACUGCUCAGCUUCCUGUUAGUGAUGGAUUACAUAGGAAUCAACAUGGCUUCCCUCAACUCAUGCAUCAAUCCCAUCGCCCUCUACUUCGUGAGCCAGAAGUUUAAGAACUGCUUCAAGUCCUGCCUGUGUUGCUGGUGUUACAGAACGAGGACACUUGAUAGCCGGGGUUCUGGGGGCCACUGGAAGGGAAACGGACUGGACCGCACCAGCUCCCGUUCUAGCCAGAAAUACAGUUCUUCUUAAGCAACGCACACACACACACACACACACAAACACACACACACACACACACACACACACACACACACACACACACACACACACACACACACACACACACACACACACACACACACACACACAGACAUACAAACACACACAAGACGAGCCAAAAAACUUUGUCUCGGUCCCUUGAUGAUAUCAAUGCUUUGCUGAGACGAAAACGUCACCCCAUGAUGUCAUCGAAAACACCUGAUGAUGUCAUGGCAGUUACCUGAUGAUGUCAUCACCGACACCUUACGGAGGGGGUAAGAUGUCGGCCUCUCCACAUCUUCAUUGCAAGAGGAGAAGCCGGUUCAACAGAUGGUCAACUCCAAUAAGAGAGAACGGACUCAAUGAUUAUCGGAGCCCGUUUUGAGACAACGGCACUCCGCCUUUGUCUGUCGACGUUACAGUACUAACCGACGAAGGUUCCAAUAAAGCCAAAGCCAGAUUGACAUCUGGACCAUGUACUCAGAAAUGAUGUUCGCUGGAGAUCAACUUCGAUCCCAAUUCAUGCUUACAGACAACAAUACAUGUAUGGAUUGAUAGUAAUAAUCGUAAGAAAAUGUGAAACUAUUUACUUAUAUUUAGUGUUUCAUAUCUAGUUACAUGUAUGAAAUUGUCUGUGAUUGUACCACUUAAAGCCUUUAGAAACUCACUGUGAUAAAGGCUAAACGUAACCUAAUUGGUUCCCUUUGCGGUCCAUAAAUAAAUCGUAUAUACCCGGUGACGGAAUCUAUCAACGACAUUCAGAUAGUCGUCGGUUAUGUUAAGAUCAGAACUAUGAAAGUAAAUCCAAAAUAAAAGCACCAUUAUUAUUCUCAUUGACAGCAGGCCUGACAGUAUUGCCUCACAGUCAUGCGAUUGAAGUUGUGCUGCGAAGCGUCACGGCAGCUCGGUCAGGCGGAGGAGGCCCUGCCGUCUGGCCGACCAGGUGACUCCCAUCACACCACAUAGGGAGGACUGUGUCCUCCAUUUGAAUGCUUUCUGUUUCCACAUUGUACAAAGUCUUUAUCUUGUAUAAAGUGUCUUUCUCUGUCUUAAAUUGUGUAACUAAGUAUUUUUGUACUAGAAAAUGGUAUUGGAAAGGACGUUUCAUGAAGAACUCGUUUUAAACUGUAUUGUAUAAUGUUUUUAUCCGUCAUGGGCUUUGAUUGUAAUUUCUUUUGCUAUAUAUCUAUAUAUAAAGAUGUAUAUGUUUUCUAUAGAUAUUGUGUGUAUGUGUAAGUAUGUGUGGGUAAGUUUUGUGGUGGGCUUUAAGUAUAGAAAUAUACUGCUGGCGACGAAACCUGAAUGUUUUUACUUAAUUCUGACAAAUGUAAACCCAUUCUCCUAUUUGUUUUAAUAUUGUUGAAGCAUUCACUUGAAGAAUGAAGAAUCUGACGAACGAUGAAUCAUGGUUGCUUCUCUGCAUUGAAUGCGGGAGCAAUUCAGCAUCUAUAAAUGAACGUCUGAGCAUCUACUUGUACGUGUUCACAAGACCAAUAAACAUUAUCUAGCCA